AUGGACGCAUCAGAAUCAUCGAAAAGACCCCGAUCACCUACUCCUACUCCGGUAGCCGGGGAAACAAGCAAUGAAGCUGGUUCUCCUCCAAGCAAGAAGGCUCAUAUCGAACCUACUGCUUCAGCGCCUUCUGACACUCCGAUAUCCGGUGUGAAAGUGGAGAUUGACCCGGAAGAGGCUAUGCUCAAUGCCAUGUCUUCCGAACCUGCUAAAGAGGAGAAGAAAGCUUGGGGAAGGGGUCAAGGUCAAGGACAAGGACAAGGACAAAAUCGCGAGAAAAGUAAAGGUAAAGGGAAGGACAGUAAAAGUGGUGAAGAAGGUGUAAAAUAUGAUAGAAGAAACCAAAACAAUUGGGCACCCAGAGAGAAGAAGGAAGGUGAGGAAAGUGAAGCUAGAUUACCAAAGAAAAGAUGUGCCCUUCUUGUCGGCUAUUGCGGGACUGGUUAUUCGGGAAUGCAAAUACAGACCCACGGCUCAAGGACAAUUGAAGGGGAUGUCUUUGAAGCAUUGGCGAAAGCAGGUGCUAUUUCAGCGGAUAACGCAACGGAUCAUAGGAAGGUAGAUAUUCAAAGAGCUGCUAGAACGGAUGCAGGUGUACAUGCUGCUGGUAAUUGCAUUUCAUUGAAGAUGAUAACAGAACCUCCUCUUCCCGAAGGUUAUAAGACCCUCGCUGAAUACGUAAAUUCUCUCUUACCUGCUCAAAUCAGAAUGUGGGGCUUCGUGAGGACGGUCAAAUCUUUCAACGCAAGAACAGCUGCCGAUUCCAGAAUAUACGAGUACCUUUUACCGUCAUAUUGUCUCCUGCCACCCGGUCGAGAUGACCCCUUAGCCAUAAGAUUGGAUAAAUCGUCUCCUGGAUGGAGAGACUUACUGGGUAAAGAAGCCGUAGAAUUCGUCGAUGCAGCUCCGUCACUGGAACCUGAAGAAGGAGAAGAAGGCGAGAAUGGAGGUAAGAUCAAUCCCAAAAAUAGAGGAGAAUUCGAAAGGAGAAGAGGAUGGAGAGUAGACUCAAAGACUUUAGAAAGAUUUAGGGAUCUACUCGCGCAAUAUAAGGGAACUCAUAAUUUCCACAACUUCACUGUCGGAAAGCCAUUCAACGAUAGAACAGUUAAAAGAUACAUGUUGAGAUUGGAGGUGAGAGAUCCUCAAGUAUACGGAGAGAUCGAAUGGAUAUCUGUGCAAAUUCAUGGGCAAAGUUUCAUGCUGCAUCAGAUUCGAAAAAUGAUUUCUAUGGCUAUGUUAGCAUGCAGAACUGCUUCACCAUCCUCUCUUAUCCUCGAGACUUUUGGUCCAAAACGAAUUCAUGUCCCUAAAGCACCUCCUCUUGGUCUCUUGCUCCAAGCUCCUCAGUUCGGGGUAUACAACCAGCGAAUCACAUCCAAAGCAAACGGUUUACAAGAAGAUCGAGAUGAGGUUGAUUUUGGAUUGUAUGCUGAAUUAAUGCAGGAUUUCAAGGUCAAGUGGAUCUAUGAAAAAUUAAGGCAGGAAGAAUUGGAAAGUCAUGUGUUCCAUAAAUGGAUGCGUCAGAUGGAUUGCUCAAUGUCCAGCGGACUUGCAUUCCUGAACACACAAGGAAUUAUUCCUCCCGAAGCAGAUCUAUCGAAAGGUGCUAAAGAAGCUCGUAGAGCCGCUGCUGAAUCGAAAGAUGGAGAAAACAAGGAUGUCGUAGACGACGAGAUGGAUAGUGACGAGGAAGAGGUCGACAAGGAAGCAUUGAAACGAGGAGAACUCGAGGGAUGA